AUCCAUACGGCACAUCCGAUCUUUAAUCGUACUCUGAAUACAACAGAGGUAGCGAAGCUGUCACAUCUGGAGACUAGCAUUCUGUUUCUCGUUAGCCAGGUAGCUUGCUAGCAAUUCUGAACAACCUCCAACUCAUCGGGUGACUUGUACAUGGCUACAACAGCGAUGUCUGGAAAUCCAGCCGUGCUGAUGCGUCUGGUGGCUUCAUCUUACACUGUGGCAGAGAAGGCAGGAGCCAUUGUACGGAGGGUUCUUCAGAAAGGAGAGCUCGGAAUCGUUGAAAAGACAGGGGCCAAUGAUCUACAGACACUGGCGGACAGGCUAGUACAGCAGAGCAUCUGUGCCUCCCUGUCCAAAAGCUUCCCCAAAAUCACCAUAAUUGGAGAGGAGGAUCUGCCAGAGGAGGCUGUCGAUGAGGACCUGAUUGAGAGCAGACAGUCUGAAGAAGUCCUUCAGAAGCCGUGUCCAGCAGAGUACAGUGCCUUGAAAGAGGAGGAGCUGGUUGUCUGGGUCGACCCCCUCGAUGGCACUAAAGAGUACACUGAAGCGGCGAAAUGUCUCUACCUGCCAUAUCAGGUCCAGAUGUGUCAGAAAGGGUCGGAUGGCCAGCUUCUCAGCACGGCUCUCUGGCUUCUAGAUCAUGUGACGGUACUGAUAGGCAUUGCAUAUGGAGGGAAAGCCAUAGCUGGGGUUAUUAACCAGCCCUUCUUCAAUUAUCAGCUGGGGACCGAGUCAGCAAACAUGGGAAGAACUCUGUGGGGAAUGCCCAGAGUGGGCGCCUUCGGAUUUGACCUACAGGAGGUCCCAGAUGGCCGGCGCAUUGUCACCACAACCCGUUCCCACAGCAAUAAACUUGUCACAGACACAGUGGAGGCCAUGGAACCUGAUGAUGUGAUAAGAGUGGGUGGAGCAGGAAACAAGAUUAUUCAGCUUGUGGAGGGGAAGGCCUCAGCCUAUGUUUUUGCCAGUCUUGGAACUAAAAAGUGGGACACAUGUGCCCCUGAAGCAAUCCUGCAUGCAGUAGGAGGUAAGCUGACAGACAUGCAUGGCAAUGCAUUGUGUUACGAUGCAAACGUGAAGCACAUGAACUCUGCUGGGGUGCUAGCCACUCUACACAACCACCAGUACUACACCAGCAGAGUGCCCCAGUCAGUCCUGCAGGCUCUCAAGCCCUGAAUGUAAAACUCUGCCUGAAAACACUGCAAAGAUUAAUCAACCAUAUAAUGGCAUUUGUAUAAUAACUUCUGUGAUGUCAUAGUGUAAACUAACAAUGCUUUUAUACUGUGUACUGUCUAGGUACUUUUGGUCUAGGAUUAAACCCCAGACUCAUUCAUUACCUAAAAAUGUCAAUCACAUAAAAGGCUACAGUUGCCUUCCAACCUAAACACAGUAAACAAAUGUCAAUAACUCUUUAAAAAAAAAAAAUGUUCACGUGGUUGAUAAAUAUGUUGUAAUUACUUUCCUGAUGAACAGCACCACUCUAAUGCUCUCGCUUCAGUGUAUCAUUUCUGCCCAUUACAUUUUGUAAUUUAAACGCACUCCGAAGUAUAACGACAGACACAUGAGACGCAGGGUCAACAGCACUGUUCCAUUUAUUCCAUUCAAAGGGUCUGAAACAAACUUGUACAAAUCUCAAAACUGUUUAAAACACAGACAGUUUCCAUCUUGAAGAGACUGAUGAGAACAAGGCAAAAGGCAAAAUAUAGCCUAACUCAACCUAAAACUGUAAAUGUAAUUACCUUUAAUAUGUUUCUGUUGGAUGAAUAAAUAUGAUUCUACACCAGA